GCAAACACACCAACGAUGCGACAGAGUGACAGUGCGUAACAUGAAUGUGCCGGCAUUUUUUAGGAAGGACGAUUCUACGUCACUAUGCACACCUUUAGCAUAUGCCGUGAUGUGUGCAACGUUGUAAACAGGUUAUUCUCUACGCAUAUACUGUGAUUUUAACGUGCUUUUCACUGUUUGUUUUUUUCCGCCGAACAUACGUACUGGUAUUGUGGCUACAGUGACACGAGCAAGACGUGAAGCAGUAUGCCCGAGUUGUGGCCCUUGUGAAUGAGGCUUAUUAGCAGAAAUUUGCGGCAACUGAAACCUAGCUAGUACCUCAGUACAUGUACACAUGUCCAGUGAGGACAGACCACACGAAGACUAGUUCCCGGGGUGAGCUGUAUAGUGCUGAGACUAGUGUAUAUUGAGCAUCUGCAUUUUUGUCGGUGUAUUAUACCAAGCAUUGCAAAGACAUGUACAUUACACGUGAUUAUGACGUUGUAGUGUCUGUAGAGGUAUUCCGCACACACCGCACGUAUUACAGUAGAUAGCAGGGCUCUAUUUGUCAUCGUCGCCAUCACCAACUCAGUCCAGACAAUACUGCGCUCCGUGGAGAGCAUCUCCAACCGCAUCAGGAAAAUUAUAAACGUGAGGAAAUCAACACCCAGUCCUAUUCCUGCGUGGAUUAGGCCCGACGGUCAAUGGCGGCCAUGUGAUGUAUUGCCUGCCGUUGUGAUUACAUUGUAUUCAGCUUGGUUUAAAUGACAUCCCCGUUAAAGAUGACUGUGGAUUUGAAGGUGAUAUAUAACCGUCCUCCUAUGCUUACCAUUCUGCCUAGGGAGUAGCUUUUCCCCUGCAAUUAACUCUCAUCAGUUGAAGGAAAGCAAGUGUUAACCCACCCAGGACAAUCACGGGCAUCUAUUUGAAUUAUGUAUCCGGCAAGCUACGUGAGAAAUAGUAUAAAUCUUAUUGAUCAAAGCAAUAGUCGUCUGCGUCUUUCACAUUUGUUGGAUCGUUGUGCUUAUCGCCAGGACACCUUUAUGUCCUCAUAGCGUGUUGGGACUUGUGAUUCCGCUAUGAUAAGUAAGCACGCGAACGGCGGGGUGUCUGGCAGCGUGCAUUAGGGAUGGUUGGAGAUUCGCGCACAAGACGAUGUUGUCGCUUGGAGUUUCAUGGCCGUCAUGUGAUACGGGUACUUCUCUCUUUUGGUCUACAGACUGUUGGAAUAGGAUGUGGCGAAUGGAAGGAGUAAUUGCUCAACAAAUAAGACAAAGAACCAUAAUUCAUCCACGAUGAAGAGGUGUCUAGCACGAAUACGCUUGCUUGAGACAAAGCCGCAACUGCGGCUUCUACAGUGAAGUCUGCCUGAAUCGAUCCGUAGAGGUGAAAAGGGCUUGCGAUGGACACCAAUCCAGAGGAAAGGUUGUCUGGAUCGCUAGCAGAGGUCGAGGGUCAGACUGCGGUUCCUACCUCUCCGCACGGAUCUGCCAUUAGCCAGCAAUCCUCUACGUCACGGAGCAGCGCACGAUCUAGCCACUCAUCGCCCAAAUCAGGACUCCGCCAAAAGACAAUAGUCUGUCGGAAACACUGCACCACUGUCUUAGCUUGUCUCUUAGUCGGGGUUAUGAUUACCCUGGGCAGCGUGGCCAUGACAGUCUGUGGAUACUUCGCCAUGAAUAUCGCCAGCGAGACUGUGCGGUCAGAGAACUCGACCACGGUACUCAUAGAUGAAGAGCUUCACGAGAAUCUCAACAAAUUCCGGACUUUCGGUCCUGUCAUGAUUGGCUUCGGGAGCUUCCUCAUCAUGUGCGCAUGUGUGUUGCUAUGCGAAGAAAAGGACAAGAAAACCAAAUCUCGCACUCAGGCGAAUGAGAAUCUGCUGAGUGAACAUGAGAGGAUCAUGCAGGAAGCUCGGGAACGCUUUUACAACGAGAACAGAAAUGCAUUACUGGUUGAAUCCCAGACAGUGGAUUACCGGACUCCUAAAGCUUCAUCCAACGAAUUAACUUCAUGUAUAGAGUGUGACACGAAUAACGCCAUGAUUAAAGUUACACCCUUAACACCAUCUGGUGCAGAGACUGACGCUGUGAGUGGUGCGUCUGGUUCUCCUGUUGUUCUUGUUCAUGGACCAACGAUCGUAGAGCCAGCACAGUGUGAAACUAGUGACAAAAAGCACUUGACUAACGAAAACGGGUUUGUAAAUAACAGUCCUUCCAAUUCAAAUCACAGCAGUCCAGAUCGUACAAUUGGCAGUCCGGCUCGGAGCUUGAAGAAAAACAAUGCAGUCGGGCCGUCGCAUAUCGAGGAUGUGAGCAGUGAGCUGGCCAUACCAAGUACUUCGGUUCUACCAAAAAUCGAUCCCUCACGAAGUAGCAAUGGGGUAUCGCGUGCAGGGGGAGCUAUUCCGAAAUCGAUUCUUGUGCAGCCGCUAAAACUGUCGCCUAUUCGGAGUGUGAACGGACCCAUCAGGGUAAGACUCGAUGAUUCGCCAACGGAACUGUCUCCUUUCACUCCGUCCAGUGCAUCAAAGUCUGCUGAAUGUUUACCACAGCCCCGCAGCCCGGGAUCGACACCAAGAAGGAUUAAGCGGGGCAAAAAGAAGAAGUCGGCAGGCAGCUUGCAGGCCAGUGGUUUCAGUCAGUGCCGCUGCCUCUCAGACCCUUCCAUGUCGUCAGCACGGUCUCAAGACAGACAUGUAGACGCCUGUUGCUGCUUACAGCCCGACUGCUGCUGGGGAGGCCAUUGUCAGUUGGAUAAAUCAAUACCGACGUCAUCACCGAGUGCAACUAAAAGCACUGACGACCCUUUGGCGGACUUAGUAGCUACUGACAGCAAGGUCAACAUUCCCUUGUUGCAACCUUUGAAAUCAGACAUGGCUGUCAACGCACAAAGCACUGAGUUGAAACCAAAGAGUAUAGGUGAACUUGUCGCAGCUGAUAAAGAAAACUGUAGGAAUAAAGAAACCAUUCUGGAUAAACAUCCAAAUGGUGAAAAUAAGAUGACAAACAAAACAGACGCUCCCCAACCCAAGGGGGCUCCGUCUCUGCCCACUUCAGAAGCGGACAGCGAGUAUUUAGCUGCGGGUGGGAAAAACUUGACACAAGAUGAGACAAAUACAGAGGCACAUAUCAUAAAGGAUAGGAAUUCCAACAUCAAAGUGUCUUCCACGCGGCAGGAUACAUCGGGAAAGAGCGUCCCUUGUAGCGGGCAGGCAAAAGGUGGCGUCAUGGUGUAGCCAGUUUUAAGCCAUCUCCGUUUAUUUACCGGAGAGUUCACAUCACUGUCAACGUUCUCAAUUCACUUUGGAGAAGUGCAAGCUACAACAAAGAUGUUCAGACCUCUCCAAGGAGUUACGUUCGAUAAAAAACACCAUGUGGUAACUGUUCAAAUGUUUUCAUUUGUGACCGUGGUAUUAUAAAGGUUAUUUCAAAACAUGGUGUAUUUAAACGUAUUGGGUCUUAGUUAUUGGUAACCAUUAAUGUAGCUCAUCAAUGUGAACGUGUAGGUCUCUCGUUUAAGUUCACUUUUGGAGUGAGGACGUGUCUGAAAUAAAGUUUUUGCUGCUGGUGGUAACACGUCUAUCCUCCCACGGAGUAGCCGCUGACCAUGCAGGUUAUUGUGGACAAAGAGUAAUCCCUUCAGGAUAUUCCGUCCUAUCGCUGCCAACAAAAUACACAUUAACGCAAUACAUACCCCACGAAUACCGAUGUAUUUGAGGAACUUCUGAGCAACUGUGUAACGGUACAAUGGCACGUAACAUGUUUAAAGCGGGGAUGGAGUCCUCAGUUGGGACAUUGCUGAUAGCCAUUCCUAGGAUACGUUUCAGGAGCGGUUUGGACGGGGAACGAAUAAUCCAUUCAUACUGGCUGUAGUCAUUCAUUGGGACGAGGCCAAUAGACAGGGUAUUUUAAAAAAACGUAAUCCUACUUCAAGGGCUUAAUACGGUCAUACAAAAUUUAAUCAUUGAACAAGAACGCGAGUCUUGAGGUUGUUUUAUUAAGGGAAUAAAUAAUUGUGCUUGACCGGUUUUAAACGUGCGUUUAAGACCGGCUCAGGAGAAUGGACGCUGAUAGUGCCCUCGCCUACGGCUCGGGCAUUAAACGUUAGUUUAAGACCGGCCAAGUACAUAUUUAUUCCCAUUCAUGAGUGAGUCAAAAGAAGUAAACGUGAUGGAUUUCGAACGAUUUCGUUCCAAAAAGUUACUUUCGUUUUCCCAGCGCCCUGUCUAUUUUAUGGUAUAUUCCUUUUGAAAGUUGUCCAAUAGAAUCCCUUUCGAUGAACUUGGCGCGUGGAGAACACGAGUGGCAUGCACACAGACUGCUAACCGAUCAGACCCGAUUAACACUCCUAUCCAUGCGCCAGCGCGUGAUUUACGCAGUAGGCAGUAUGACUUCACAGCGGGCAUCAUUAAAUGUUAAUACGCGGUCACGUGACGGGUUCAGACCAAUGGGAAGAGAAAAACUGUCAAGGUAAAAAAAAUGUUCGGCGUGAAAGUGUUCCGACCUUAGUUUUGCAUAUCAUGCCAAGGUGAAGCUACUUGGUGAUGCAUGACCCUGGAAUGUAUCCUAGGUCUUAAGAUAAAUCAGUUUAGUGCGGAGCACUUCUGCAAAAGGUUUCCUGCCAAAAAAGGAAAUUUUGAAAAGAACAUUUGCUAUGGAAUUUUGCGGAAAACCGACAAAUUUAGGCCUAAUGAAUACAGCGCACAAUACCUUCGAGCGACAACUAGCUUGCUCGAAUGCUGCCCAUAGUGACGUCACAGUUCUGCAGAUAGUUCUCCAUCUUAUGCCCCUCUUCGACACGACACUUUGGCAUUAUUGAAAGCAUGUAGCCUCCGCUGUAUGAUAAUACACUGUACAACGAUUUUGCUGGUAGGCUGACAAUUGGCUGUUUUUAGCGUAAAUGCAGGACUACUUCUUGAAAGAUCUUGUUCAGGAAUUGGCUGUAGCAUCAGCCAGUCACUUUGCCAUUGUGAUACCUUCCCACCCACACGUAUCGACUCAACAGUGGCAGAAAUUUGUGCCAGGAACUGGCGGAUAGAAGAUGGGGGAUUGUGGGGAUGACUUGCCCAGCCGUAGAAUUGUGAAAAAGGAUGAGGUGGGGGAUGCUGACACUAUACGACACUGGGGUGCGAUGUUCACGAUACAGAUGUAAUAUGUAUUACACUCCUGCAGAACCUUAUACCAGCAGAACCUAACAUUUAAACGGCGUAUUUAUGGCCUUUUUAAUUUUACCAUUUUGAGUGCUAUUGAAAAUAUUUUUGGGAAGUCCUAAAGAUUUCUCAUAAUCUGCCUUGAUUGUUUCUUACCAUGAAAAAAUAUAGGGUUAUUGUUCAAUAGUCCCCUAGUCAAAAAGUACGGGAUCUAGCCGUGGAAUCUUAUUUACGCCCAUGCCAAUGGUUUUGUAUUUACACGAUACUCAAAAGAUGGGAAUAACAAAUCUCGAAUCGGCUUUAAUGAUGCACAACAUGAGACGGGCACUAAAGAGGGUAAAGAUCUUAGGUCUUUGUAUACAGGACAUUUCCUAAUUUGGAUAUCUGCAUUAAAAAUUAGGUCACUGUGUGCCAUUCGUAAUAACAUCUGAAAAAAAGAUUACACGUCAUAUUUCAUAUAAUAAUUUCAUUGCAUUUGUCAUUUGCAUGACUGUAUUCCAAUGUGUUGGGAGUUAUGAUGUUGUAUUACAGGGGAAAAACCAAGAAAUACCUUGGGAUUUCUCGAACUGUAUGUCCGAAUUUAGUCCCCAGGGGUAAAAUCUUACGGCUCAAUGAAGCUGCAUUUACUACUCUAAAACAUCGAGUUGUUGUUUGGUAAAAUUAAGUUUCAUUGAAUAUUCAUUUUGUUCCAACAGUAAUCGCUAGGAACUAAUUGCCCUGGUUAGAACCCGUUUUAAUUUUUAUACUGGGCUAUGAUUGUUAUAACUAUCUGACAAUCCAAGCAAGUAACGAAAUAUAAGCGCUAUAAGCGGAUGGGGGGGGGGGAAUCGGGUUCAUGCCACCCCAACAAAAGUUUGGUUUUAAAAAGUGAUGAAAAAAGGGUGAUUUUUGGACUACUUCUGUUGCCUUCUAAAAGCGUGUAAAAAGCUCCCAAAAUUAGCAUCAUCCCUCAUGAGGGCAAUAAAAACGAAACAGAGACCCCCCCUGAAGACUUGUUCCUGGAUCCGCCCUAGUGUUUAAUACACUAACAUUAAUGCUUGUGCUCUGUCCCCACGAAUCUUCUCCUAAACCCGAGCUGUCUCUUUUAAUGGCGACUUUAGAAGUGGCAAAAGUAGUGUGAUUAGUGGCCAUGACCGUCCAAAAUGUGAAGCAUGAUUUACAGCCAGCCUUGAUUUGGCUCGUUAAUCACAACUCUUUAAGAAUCCACUGUAAUACCCUGAAGAAUCAAGUACUUGUCUUGGGGUUCCUCGGCACGAACGUUCCGUUGAAUAUAGGAUUUCCUGAAAAAGUGAAUAAAACUAUGCAAAAAGGUUGUUUGGGGUUGAAUAAUAAAAUCGGUUGUCUGACCUUCAAUUAGAGUCUUCGCUUUUGCGAUUCCUACGAAAAUCAAAUGAUAAUGUUUCAGCUGAAGUUUCCUGGAAUCAAAACAUCCAUGCAGUGUUUUUAGGCUGCCAGAAUAUCAGCAGGUUGUCCUUAAAAGAAUUGUUUGCUAUAGUCCGUCUAAUGGUGACUGUACAUGUAUAUGAUAGUCUAAGGAUAGUUUCAGUGGCAUGCUAGCUUACAUGGGCGACAUAAAGGGAGCAUGGAGACACCCGUGCAACUACCCACCGCUGCUAAUAAACGAGACUGUUACAGCAAACAGCCACGAUUCGAAGCGUUUUGUUGAUAUUAUAAGCACCAGAACAGCGUAACAGGCUACGAGAUGCUUCUUUAAAAGAAAGGAAAAAAAGGGAAACUUGUUGAGCUGGAUUGAAAGGAAAGGUUUAAAAUUGUAGGAGUCCAUAGUUCGAAUCUGUUUUGGGGGUUUGCUUGUUUAUGUUUUGGCGCAAGCAGUUUCCUAUUU